AUGCAUUUGGUUUUGCCAGGAAAAACGAAACUUGUUCUUCACCUGAAAGACAGUAAAAAGAUUCGGAAGAAAAAACGUUGGAGUCAGGUAAUGUAUAUGUAUUACCUACUUGAUUAUCGUUCUAAAGAAAAUUCAAGAUAUACAACUGAAAACACUUUUAUAAUGGCAUUAGAUGGAGAUGUUGAUUUUCAACCAGAGGCCGUGCCGCAUCUCCUUCAAAGAAUGAGGAAAUAUCCUGAUGUAGGUGCAGCAUGCGGAAGAAUUCAUCCAGCUGAAAAGAAUUCAAGUCCAAUAGUGUGGUACCAGAAAUUCGAAUAUGCUGUCAGUCAUUGGUUACAAAAAUCAACAGAACAUGUUAUUGGAUGUGUGUUGUGCAGUCCAGGAUGCUUUAGUUUAUUCAGAGGGUCUGCUUUGAAACUAAUACUAGAGGACUACUCUAAACAGCCAAAGGAAGCACUAGAUGUAAUUCAGUAUGAUCAAGGUGAAGACCGAUGGCUUUGUACUUUGCUUUUGAAAGCAGGAAAAAGAAUAGAAUAUUGUGCAGAAUCUGAUGCAAAAACGUUUGUUCCGGAAACGUUUGAAGAAUUCUUUAAACAAAGGCGUCGUUGGAUACCUUCAACUUUAGCAAAUAUAUUCUACCUAAUUAUGCACAUGAGAGCUGUCUGUAAAAAAAACAGUAAAAUAACACGGCUGUACAUAAUUUACCAAUUUCUCUACUGUAUGUCGUCUCUCCUCACACCCGGUACUAUUAUAAUGAUGAUGUAUGGUGCCCUGGUCCUCGUAUUAGGGCAUAAUGGUGAAGGAAUAACAGGCUUCGUUUUACUAUUUGUAAUUCUACUUCCAGUAACAGUAUUUAUCUGUAUUUCUCUUUUUAAGAAAGACAUUCAGAUGCUGUGUGCUCAAAUUGUAUCGUUCAUUCUUUUUGUGUUGAUGGUUUUAGUUAUUGCUGGAGUAAUUCGUUCAGCUGUUGAAGAAACCUUGUGCUCAACGUCCAUUAUAUUUGUUUGCUUUAUAGCGGGGAUAUUUGUACUAGCUACGAUAUUACAUCCUAAGGAAUGUCACUGUGUUAAACAUAGUUUACUGUACUUUCUUGCUAUUCCCUGUACAUCUAUCGUUCUGUUCUUGUACUCCAUCGCAAACAUGGAUGACGUUAACUGGGGAACCAGAGAAAAAGAGAAAUCAAGGUAA